UGAGAUUGGAUGCGAGGAGGUUUUUCACUGAAGACGCUCUCGGCCCUGCACUAACCACUACAGAACACUGACGAGUGGAAGUCGUGACAGAAGCGUGCUGUUAAAUAUAUUUGAAGUACAUAAUAAUAAUAAUAAUAAGCAGAAAAAUCCCAUAAAUAAACCUGUUUAGUGCGGAGGAAGAUGCUGUUGAGGAAAAACUGCAGUGUAGUUUUGAGCUGCGUAUUGCUUGGACUCAUCUCUCUGCCUUUAAGCCGUGCUGCUACAUGUAACGAGCGUCAGUUUCAGUGUGGGAACAAGAAAUGCAUUACAAACCGCUGGGUGUGUGACGGGACGGACGACUGCGGAGAUGGAACCGACGAGCUCCCUGCCACCUGCACCGAGAAGAAAUGCCUGCCGUCGGAGUUCACCUGCAACGGGAGCCCUAUUCAGUGCGUGUCCUCCAGGUGGCGCUGUGACGGAAAGGCUGACUGUGAGAACGGAACGGACGAGCUGAACUGCGCCCUGAAGAACUGCACGGCAGACGAGUUCCGCUGCGCAGACGGCCAGUGCAUCUCCACCUCGUUCGUCUGCGAUGAGGACGCUGAUUGUUCAGACGGCAGCGACGAGGCCUCUUGCCCCAAGCCCACCUGUAUAGCUGGCUCUUUUCAGUGCAACAACACGGUGUGUGUUCCGCAGCUGUGGGCUUGCGAUGGAGACGCAGACUGCGCAGAUGGCUCAGAUGAGUGGAGUGAGCACUGUGGCCAGAAACCGAUACCAAGCCCCUGCAGUGAACAGGAGUUUCAGUGCAGCAACGGCAAGUGCAUCCACAGCAUGUGGCGCUGCGACGGAGGCUUCGACUGCACCGAUCACUCUGACGAAGCCAACUGCACUGUGGCUACUUGUCGACCCGACGAGUUCCAGUGUAACGACGGUUCCUGUAUUCCCGGCAUCCACCAGUGUGACGGCGAGAUCCACUGCAAGGACCUGAGUGACGAGAAAGACUGUGCCACUGUGAGUAAAUGUGACGGUCCGGACACGUUCCAGUGCCGCAGCGGAGAGUGCAUCAGCAUCGAUAAAGUGUGCGACAAGAAGCGUGACUGUAGGGACUUGUCUGACGAGCCCAUCAAAGAGUGCAAUGUCAACGAGUGCCUUGAAAAUAAUGGCGGUUGCUCUCAUGACUGCAAAGACCUGAAGAUCGGCUACGAGUGCCUCUGCCCUUCAGGCUACCGCCUGGUGGACCAAAAACGCUGUGAAGACAUUGACGAGUGUGCUGACCCCGACACCUGCGCUCAGGUGUGCCUGAAUCUGGUGGGCGGCUUCAAGUGUGAUUGUCAGGAGGGCUAUGAGAUGGACCCCAUGACCAAAGAGUGCAAAGCUGUUUCUGAUAACAUACCCUACCUGUACUUCACCAACCAUCACGAGGUGAGGAAGAUGACACUGGAUAAGAAAGAGUACACAUGUCUGAUCCCGCGACUGAAGAACGUGGUGGCACUCGACAUGGAUGUGUCCAGUGAAACAAUUUUCUGGGCUGAUCUCUUCCACAAAAAAAUCUACAGCACUCCCAUAGACAAGGCUGCUUAUCCUACCAACCACAUCACCUUGAUUGACAGCCAGAUCUCCUCUCCCGAAGGCUUGGCUGUUGACUGGGUUCACGGCAACAUCUACUGGACCGACAGUUUCUUUCAAAGCAUUUCCGUAGCAACAAAGGAUGGGUCCAAGCGCAAGACUCUUAUCAAAGUGGGCUUGAAUAAGCCGCACGAUAUUGUUGUAGAUCCAGAACGCAACUUCAUGUACUGGACCGACUGCGGAAACCCUGCCAGGAUAGAGAAGAGUGGUUUGAACGGGGCAGAUCGUACAGCUCUGGUCACUGACAACAUCGUCUGGCCCAGUGGCAUCACACUAGACUUGGUGAAUCAGCGGCUGUACUGGCUGGACUCUAAACUGCACAUGCUUUCCAGCAUUGGUGUGGAUGGUGGUUUGCGUCAUACACUCAUCGUUGACGAGUGGCAGCUGGCCAAUCCAUUUUCGCUGGCUGUGUUUGAGGAGAAAGUGUUUUGGACGGACGCAUCCAACGGAAGCAUCCGAAGUGCAAAUCGUCUGACGGGAAAAAGCAUUAUGACAGUAGUGAAGAACCUACUGUCUCCCAAGGACAUUGUGCUGUACCACAACCUCAAGCAGCCGAGCGGUACGAACUGGUGUGAAGAAGGGAACCAUGUGAACGGCGGCUGUGAUUAUUUGUGUCUUCCGGCUCCUCGAGUGAAUCAGCAUUCCCCAAAAUACACUUGCACCUGCCCCGAUCACAUGAUCCUCGGCCCUGACAUGAGGAAGUGUGUGGAAGUUCUUAAGCCAGUAGCAAGUACAGCAGUGGUUCCACCUCCAGUUCCAGCUGGUACCACACCAAAACGACCUGCCAUACAAAGCACCACCACAACUACCAGAACAACAACCAAACAAACACCCAGAACUACAGGCUCCAUGACUUCCUCAGGCGCUGCUGGGUCUCGGAAGAACAUCCCAGAAACCAAGACCGAGAUCAGUCCUCGUGAAGGUUCAAAUGAUGUGUACGUUGCAGUCACCAGCCCUUCGCAACACUCUCUCGCUCUCUAUGUCAUCCUCCCUAUAGCGGUGUUAUGCCUGACUGCAAUUGGCGCCGUGCUGCUGUGGCGUCAUUGGAGGCUGAAGAACACCAACACCAUUCACUUUGAUAACCCUGUGUACCAGAAAACUACAGAGGACCAGGUGCACAUCUGCAGGAGUCAAAGCCAAGACGGCUACGUCUACCCACCACACCAGAUGUUAUGUUUGGAUGAUGAGGAGGACAUUGCAUGAUGGUUCUCUCAGAAAGACACAAACAACCCCACAGGAAGUCAAAUCUAAAGAACCAGAGAGACUCAAAGGUUAGCAGGCACUUUAGAUGCUGCUUUGAGGUUGUUUUUUUGUUGUUUUUUUUGCUGCACAAAUCUGAAUGUGAAGGAAAACACCACAUGAAGCAUGGACACAGAACAAUGUCAUCACCAUGAUAUAUAUAUAUAUAUAUAUAAGCCACUAAAUGUUUUACAAAUUUUGAUGCUUUCGGAUCAAGGUCCUAUUUCAACUUUCCAUGUCUUUAGCAGGUGCAUGCUUAUACUGUUACAUACAUCAUGCAGCCAAAAUUCAGUAAGACAGGAAGUUACAUCAGAUCCACUUCUAAACUAAUAUGAAGAACCUCAACUACAUGAAAAGAAGAUAGUAUAUAUCGCUAAAACUUUUUUGAGAAGCCCUGCAUAAGGACCACAUGACACAUUCGUUAAUUAUAAGCUGCAGAAUGCACUGCGAUAUGAAGAGCCCUUGCUCUGACACCAUCUACUGCAUAUCCUUUAAUAUGUAUAUUAAAGGAAUACUUUAGUAUUUUUCAGCGUCAUCUCUUCCCACCAAAUCUGUAGCAUAUCUGUGAUUACCAUGCACAAGAAUGGAAAAUGUAUGCGUCCUGAGAAAAAGAGAACAGAAAACCUGUUCACUCAAAGUAGCUUAUAAUGGAAUUCUUAUAACGGAAGGGCAGUUGCUGAAUUGUGUGCCAAUAAAACACAUAAAAAGUAAAGGUAUUCUAUAGAUUUAGAGCUUAAUUUACAAAUACUCUUGAUAGAAACCAAAACACUGUAUAAACGUCAACUGACUUCCCCAACAACUGCCCUUAGAUCUCCAUUAGAAGCAUGUUUGGAGUUUGUCUCAGGGCCUGGAAAUGUGUUGAUAUUCUUGACCAUGGUAAUCACACGUUUUCUACAGUCACCAUGGAUAAGGCUAGAGAACUUCAUAUUCAUAUUCACUUUCUGAAUGACGAACUAGAUUGCAGUAUGAAGUUACACUGCACAGUCAGAAAGAGAUCCGGGCUUGAAAUAAAAAAUCGAGAGAAUUGAAGCAUCCUGAGCCAUGGAUAGCUUUUUAUACAUGACGGUCAUGGCACUACCGUGACUUGUUUGGCAUGACAAGUCACCUUUCCAAAGAACUAUUCAGGGAGAAAUAAAACAAAUCGAGGUUUUACAGGUUGGUGACGCUGGCAUUUUGCACUCGAAGAAAACAGCUUGUUACCUCUCGUCGAAGAACGCAGAUGAAGCAGAAGCUUUACGAUGCUUGCUGUGAACGAGCAACAGCAUGUUAGCAUGUUAGCGCUCGUGCUUUCGGAUAGCCAUGUGCCUGUACGAUGCCUUUCGGUAGAUGAGCUAGAUACGUUGAUUAUGUUUGUUUUCGUUUGAAACAUGCCUUACGAUGGGUUUAUUUGUUGCCUUAAUCCUCAGGUUUUGGAACAUUCACUGAAUGACUCGCUAGUAUAGCUAUAGAAUAUGUGAAAUGUGAAACCUUUUUGGUUUUUUUUUUGGGAGAGUAGUUUUAAAAUGAUAUUUAAGACCGUUUAAUCAACAUCAAAUCAUGUACAUUGACUACGCUGUUGUUGUUUUUUGUACACUCCAUGAAUUGUGCAAAUGUCUAUUUUGAAAGUUUUUUCUGCAAUUGUUACAGUAGAUGAAGUCAUUACCUGAAGAAAAUGUAAAAUGUGUACAUAAUACCUGUGUAUAUACCUUUUCUGUCACUCAGUUUUUUUUAAGUUUGUAUAUUUUAAACCACAGAUUUUGUAUAUAUGAAAUAUUUAUUGUAACAUAUCUAUAUAAUGUGUCAUUUUAUUUUCUAGUUUCUUGUAAAAAAAAAAAAAAAUAUAUAUAUAUAAUAUAUAUUGACCAUUCAGUUUCUAAUACACUCAGAAAAAUAAGGGUACUGCUACUAUUGAGAAUACUCGCACUGUUAUACAUGGAGUCCACGACAACAUAUCUUUAUCAACUCCAGUUUUGGCUGUUUUGGUUUUCAAAUAAGCCUUUCUUUUUAUUUUAUAGUGCAGUGCUUUUAAUUUUGUGUAGAAGUUGCACUAUAAGUAAACUUAAAGACUGUGUCGUUAUUACCCAGGUACUGUAAGAGUACAGAUUUGAUUCUGUAGGCAUGGUACAACUCAAAUAUUGUGCAGGAAUCUCGUAAAAGUUCAAAAUACAGUUACGUACACGACAGUCGUAACACAUUAUAGACAUUAUUAACUCCGUACAAUGGACUACUAUAAUCCAUCUGUAACAGCACUGUAAUUACAGUACAUUAUCAUUGAUUGUGUUUCAUUUUACAUGUACUAUUUACUAUUUAUAUAAAAUAUGACCAAAAAAAUAUCCAAAAAUAACAGCGCGCUAUACUUUUAAAAACGAGCCAUGUAUACAUCAUAAAUGUCAUACUGUGUAAAUGCCAUCCAAAACACUUCUACGAAAUGAACUUCAACACAACACCUUGUUAAUUACAAUAUUUGUGCCUUUCUAUAAUAUUUCCAGACCUGGAGGGUUAUUAUUAUUAUUAUUUAAAAUUAUUAUUAUUAUUAUUAUUAUUAUUAUUAUUAAAUUAUUAUUAAAUUAUUAUUAUUAUUAUUAUUAUUAUUAUUAUUAUUAUUAUUAUUAUUGUUACAAGAGUUGCAAAAUCGUACAUAAAGGAAAUGUGUUUUACUUAGUUUUGUGUCCUUUAGGUUUACUUUGCUUUAAGAGAAAGUCUGUUAUAGACUACUAGAUAAGAGUAUCUGAACGGUUCAAAUGAAGGAAACAACACAAAGUAACAACUGAAAUGUGUUUAUUUUGUGUUACUGUUAAAUAAACGUUACCUUUUAACAUGA